AUGGAUAUAGAUCUAGAGCCAAUUCCUGAGGAAGAACCAGAGGAGGUAGAGCCCGAGGCGAAACCCGAGAAUGAGCCUGCUGAGUCUGCAGAGCCUGACGAAGAACCGGAUUAUAUACUUCCGUUUGAGCAGUGGAUGGACCCUAAUUUCGUGCCUGAGGAUGGUUUCCUUGAGGAGCCGAUCGAGGGAGAUCAGGAUGAAGUUCCAGUUGAAUCGGGUGAUAUAAAUCACCCAAUCGAGAUUGAGGCCGAGCCGGAGUCCUCGGAGGAGCAGACCGUCCAAGGGGACUUAGAUUCGGAUGAUGAGGAGUCUGAUUCAGAGUGGACGCCGAUGGACCCCAGAGUCAAAGUUAGACCUGCUGAGGACCCUAGAAUGGAAACAGUUAUGAGAACAUUAGAACAGAUCGAAAAUCUGUUAGGACAGCAGACUCAGGCACGAGCUGCUACGAUUGCCCAAGCAGCCGAGGCCGCUGAUGCCGUUAAUAAUCAUGAGAAUCAAGGGCAGGGGCAAGGGACUGUGAAUAGACCGAUGCAUCAACUGGUAGAGCAGUUUAUAAAGCUAAAACCGCCUAAGUUCUCUGGGAAAGGUGACCUUGAGGCUGCACCUAGAUGGGUAGAGGAACUCGAGAAAGACUUUGAAGUGUUAGAGUGCACUGAUAAUGAGAAGGUAACUCUGGCUGUGUAUCAAUUGCAGGAUAAUGCGAAUAAUUGGUGGAAGGCCACCGGGGAUAGAAUAUUACCGGAAGGUACUGCCCGAACUUGGACUGUUUUUACUGAAAGUUUUUAUGAGAAGUAUUUCUCGGCCAGCGCUAGGGAGAGAAAGCUAUCAGAGUUUAUGAGACUCCGCCAGGGCCAGAUGUCGGUAGAUCAGUACGAGGCGGAAUUUGCGAGAUUGUCUAAGUUUGCGCCGAGAAUGGUAGAACAUCCCGAUGAUAAGGCGCGAAGAUUUCGGGACGGAUUGAAGGCUGAUAUUUGCAGCCAGUUGUUACUGGUAAACUGGAGAACGUACGAGGAAAUAUUUGAUAGGGCCCAAAUUCUAGAACGGGAUCAGGUGGAUAGGGCCGCCGCUUUUGGAUCGAGAUUUGUCCAGGGUAGGGACAAUCCACAGGAAUCUUCAGCGGCUGAGCACGAACCCGAGCCCGAAGGAUCGCAAGCAGAAGUCGACCCAAUGGAUAUAGAUCUAGAGCCAAUUCCCGAGGAAGAACCAGAGGAGGUAGAGCCCGAGGCGGAACCCGAGAAUGAGCCUGCUAAGUCUGCAGAGCCUGACGAAGAACCGGAUUAUAUACUUCCGUUUGAGCAGUGGAUGGACCCUAAUUUCGUGCCUGAGGAUGGUUUCCUUGAGGAGCCGGUCGAGGGAGAUCAGGACGAAGUUCCAGCUGAAUUGGGUGAUAUAAAUCACCCAAUCGAGAUUGAGGCCGAGCCGGAGUCCUCGGAGGAGCAGACCGUCCAAGGGGACUUAGAUUCGGAUGAUGAGGAGUCUGAUUCAGAGUGGACGCCGAGUAAGGGGCGUAGGGGCUAG